AUGCUUCUGUCCCCCGCCCUUCUGCUGCUCUUGGGCUGGAGCGCCCCCGGCGGCUGGGGCUGCCUGCAGUGUCACCGCACGGUGCAGGAGGCCCUGAGCCAGCUGCGCUUCGCCCUCGUCCCCAAGCGCUUCAACCUGGAGCAGCUGCAGGCCCGCGCUCAGGCGCUGCUGCUGGGCAUGGAGGGGCCUUUCUUCCGAGACUAUGCACUGAACGCGUUUGUGGGGAAAGUGGGGUUGGAGGAACUGGACGCCGUGGCAUCCUUUACCAAGAACCAAACACAACACCUCAUGGUUGAUUCUCUGAGAGAUGAGCCUCUGCUGGAGGAGCUGGUGACUCUAAGGGAGAAAGUGACCAAGGAACUCAAGAAAGCAUUAAGAUCAUAUGAACUGAAAGCCUGUGAUUCCAAAAUUUGCCGAUUACUAAGAGAAGAGGUCUUGGACUGUUUACAUUGCCAGAGGAUCAGUCCCAAAUGUAUCCCCAAAAAAUACUGCUUUGUCGACAGGCAGCCCCGCGUGGCGCUGCAGUACCAGAAAGACAGUGAAUCCUCGAGGAGCCAGGCUCUGUUGGGCACCAGCAUUUCCGUGCUUCUGGCUGUCAUUGUCUUCGUGGUGAUCAUGGUCUCGGCUUGCACAUACAGGCAAAAUCGAAAACUCCUGCUGCAGUAG